UCGUUUAGGCAAGUAACGCGAAAGUCUAAGCACAAUUUUUGAACGUAUAGAAGAUAUGAAAAGCGGAAAUUAGUUUUGUGGAAUGAAUGAUGCAAAAAAUUGAAAAAUAAAAACCGUCGAAUUUCAAAAUUUGUAUUAAAAAAAUUAGUACUGUAAAUCCGAAUAUACUCGUAACGAAGCUGUCCUUGUUACAAAGAAAAAAUCUCUUUUAUUUUAGUGACUAUGAAAAUCUGUUCACGUUAAAGUAUUUUAGUGUCUAUUUCUGUGUGCAAAUUCUAAAAAUUCGAAAAGAAUUCAACAUAGUGUGCGUUAAAAAUAAACUCCGUGGAAUGUGUCUUCGGUAGCAGGCUAUUUGUGUGUUAAGUUUUUCUUAAAAAAAAUUUAAUGAAGUAUUUGAAAAUUUCGUAACAAAAGCAAAAGUAUUUCCCACAUGCUCUACAAAAGUGAAAGUUGUAAAUAUCCUCGCUGUACCUUUGAAAAUGUGUUCCAACACCGUGGCUUAACAAAAGAAAUGUCUGAAGAGAAAAAAGGAGUAAAAAAUUAUGGUAGAAUCGGUAAAUCUAAAUUGUUGAAAAGCAAAAGGGUUGGCUGUAAUCAUGGACUACCAGAAAGGUGAGGUCGCGCGCAAUCAAUAUCUACUAGUUAUUUGUAAUAAGACUGCAAGUAUUUAAAUACCUUAAAAGGAAGAAGGUAAUCAUAAUAACUAAUAUAUAAAAGAAUCAAAUGCACCUAGAGAAUGCUGCGUGUUUGAGUGUGGCCUGCAGUAGGUGUGUUUAUAAUAAUCGAAGAAGCGUAAGUGAGGUACGAGUGCGCCUCUUCCGGCGGUAAUCGAUACACUGUGGCCCCCACGCAUGCAGCCAAAGGCGCCGCGGGGGCCCACCCAUCAUUGGUAGCGCUGAGUGUCUUGCUCUUUUUGGCAACAACAACAAUUCUGGUGGGGUUGGUGCCAGCCCUCGCGGUGUCCUCAAUCCAAAGGCAAAUUAUUGCGAACCGAAUUGGCAAUAGUACAAGGAGCAAUAGUAAUAACUACAAAAGCAACAACAACAACGUCAUAAGUAGUGCUUCAGGCGAAAUAUCUGCAACGGAUGCAGCAUCUUUAUGGCCGUUUUUUACAUGGCCGAUGACACAAGCCGGUAUUGCAAGAACACCGAUAACAACAACUAAAGCUUCAACACACGUAUCCGACAAUACGGCAUUGUUUAUAAAUUUAUGUGCUAACAGCAGCAGCAGUUGUGGUAAUACAAAUAACAACAAAAGAAAUAACAAUAAUAACAAAAUAAGCAACAAAAGCGGCGAAAGGAAGAGCAAAUAUUUGACAUGGUACAAAAUAGUGACCGAGCGAAGCAACGACAACAACAACAGCGACCAUUAUAUAUACAAAGGCAGCAGCGGUUACGGCAACGACUAUUACAACUACAACAACGAACAAAACCGUGCGACUACGAAGCGCGACGAACAAAUUGGAAACGUAGACGGAAACGGAAGCGUACUGUUAGUGCAUACGGGAAAUGCCAAUAAAAAUAGAAUAAGAAAAAGCAAAAAAAGUUUCUACAGUGUAAAUAAAAUUGUGUUAGCAACGAAUGGUCGCACCGUUAGUAGGCGUCGUGUAAAUAAAAGUGUUGUAAAUAGUGUAAAUAAUAAGAGCAGUGGCAGAAGCCAAAGUUUUCAAGUGAAAAGAGCUAUUGCAAAAGGCGACGAUUUUUCACAUGCUACAAGCAUUAAAAUCGAUGGCCAAGUUGAAUUUAGUAAAAAAGCGUUAAAUAUCAAUGGAAGUGCCAGUUUUUCGAAAAGCUCAAAAAAUAAUUCUGAACGUUUUUUUAAUAAUCAAUUCCCUCUAAUAUUUUCAAAUGGUUUCUCCUCACGUGCGCAAAUUCUAACACGCCACGAAAAGCAAUUGCAAGCAAAGAAUAACAGUACAACAAUAAGAACGGCAACGGAAAGGACAACAUCCACACAUUUCGAUUAUAUUGUGAUUACCGAUUACAAUCGACCACGAAAGCGCACUUUUUGGCAGAAAUACGGUGAGUAG